ACUUUCACUGCACACACACUUCACAUUUCUCCAUUUCAUUUUGAUUUUCCUUCUCUUUUAUUUUUCUUUUUUUUUUUUUUUAAAUUUCAUUUUCUCCCACCAAAAAUUUGAAUACUAGAUCCAAAUUUGAGAACUAGAAUUGAAAUUUUAGGGUUUUUAUAAAGGUGAAUUUUGAGUGGUGGCUCCUUCGUCGUUUUCGGGAAGGAGUUAGCCUGAGAAAUGGAAGGUAGUGGUGGGAGGAGAAUCACCGUAAGUCCGAGACCUUGUUGUGGCCGCCGUGUGGUGGCGAAAAAGAACCCUCGCCGUGGUGGUGCUGGUGAUGGGUUUAUCAACAGUGUUAGGAAGCUUCAACGGCGUGAAAUUUGUACCAAAAGUAUUCGAGGUUUUAGUAUCAUUGAUGCUCAGGAACGAUUCCGCAAUAUCCGUUUGCAGGAAGAAUAUGAUACAUAUGAUCCAAAAGGUCCUUCUUCCGUCAUAUUACCAUUUUUGAGAAAGAGGUCGAAGAUUAUCGAAAUUGUAGCGGCUCAGGACAUUGUUUUUGCCCUUGCACAAUCUGGUGUGUGUGCAGCAUUUAACCGAGAGACCAAUGAAAGGAUAUGCUUCUUGAAUGUCAGUCCCGAUGAAGUUAUAAGAAGUUUGUUUUAUAAUAAAAAUAAUGACUCACUUAUCACAGUUUCUGUCUACGCGUCUGACAGUUACAGUUCUUUGAAAUGCAGAAGUACCAGGAUCGAAUAUAUAAGGAGGGUUCAACCUGAUGCUGGAUUUGCUCUUUUUGAAUCUGAGUCUUUGAAGUGGCCAGGUUUUGUUGAGUUUGAUGAUGUAAAUGGGAAGGUACUGACGUACUCUGCACAAGAUAGCAUAUACAAGGUGUUUGACUUGAAAAACUAUACAAUGUUGUAUUCCGUUGCAGAUAAAAAUGUACAAGAGAUUAAGAUCAGUCCGGGGAUCAUGUUGUUGAUUUAUUCUAAAACAAGCAGUCAUGUCCCACUAAAAAUCCUUUCAAUAGAAGAUGGUACUGUUUUGAAGUCCUUCAACCAUCUUAUUCAUCGGAAUAGUAAGGUGGAUUUUAUUGAACAGUUCAAUGAAAAGCUUCUCGUCAAGCAAGAAAACGAGAACCUCCAAAUCCUUGAUGUACGGACUUUUGAGCUUACAGAAGUUAGCAAAACAGAAUUUAUGACGCCAUCUGCAUUUAUAUUCCUAUAUGAGAACCAAUUAUUCCUGACAUUUCGAAAUAGAACUGUGGCUGUGUGGAACUUCCGUGGAGAACUAGUAACUUCUUUUGAAGAUCACCUUCUGUGGCAUCCUGACUGCAAUACAAAUAACAUAUAUAUUACCAGUGACCAGGAUCUCAUUAUAUCAUACUGCAAGGCUGAUGCUGAUGAGUCGGUAUCUGAAGGAAAUGCGGGAUCGAUCAAUGUCAGCAACAUUUUAACUGGUAAGUGUCUUGCAAAGAUUAGGGCAAGUAAUAGUUUUCCCGUGGCAAAGGAAUGCUACUGCAGCGACGAGUGUAGUGGUGGUUGUAAUUCAAGGAAGCGAAAGCAGACCUCCAGAAUAAGGAGCACUGUAACAGAAGCCUUGGAAGACAUUACUGCUCUUUUCUAUGACGAAGACCGCAAUGAGAUCUAUACAGGCAACAGGCAUGGUCGGGUUCAUGUCUGGUCUAACUAAUGUGUUGUUGAAUUUGUUCUAACCGUGUGGUUUCUUAUUGGCUUGUCUCCUUGGUUGUGGUGUUAGUCCUGUCCUCCUUACCUGCUAUGAGAACUUUUAGGGGAUCUGUAACCAUUAUGUGAUCUUGUAUCAUAUUUGUUUUUUUCCUUGUCACCUGCAUCUUAGGCAUGUUUACUCUGCAGGUGGCAAUAAAUUUGUAUUAAGCUAUACUUUAUGCUGGUAACUUACAUUAUGUCUAUAUAUGUUGUGAAAUAUAUAUAUUUCUCCAAUCUUGAUGCUGUA